CCCGUCGCGUGUCCUGUUAUGGAAGUGCAGUAACACGAGACAAUAAGGCUCCGCAUUAUUUUAUGACGCGGAUUGUCCGGAGCGAGAGACCAACCGUUACUACAGGACGGUGCGGAAAACACGACGAACAGAUUGUGGCGUUUUGCGUGUGAGCACAUGUCAGUAUGAGAUGUCGUCCCUCAGUGCAAGUUUCGUGCAGAUACGUUUCGAUGAUGUUCACUUUUAUGAGAACUGUGGUGGCGGGAGCUUCGGGAGUGUGUAUCGGGCACGCUGGAUCUCACAGGACAAAGAGGUGGCUGUCAAAAAGCUGCUGAAGAUUGAUAAAGAGGCUGAGAUUCUCAGUGUUCUGAGCCACAAAAACAUCAUUCAGUUUUAUGGAGCGAUUCUUGAGGCACCAAACUAUGGCAUUGUCACAGAAUACGCCAAUGGAGGGUCGCUGUACGAAUAUUUGUCUAGUCCAGACAGUGAAGAGAUGGACAUGGGUCAAGUAAUGAUGUGGGCAAUGGAUAUCGCUAAAGGAAUGCAUUAUUUACAUGCAGAAGCUCCAGUGAAAGUCAUUCACAGGGAUCUGAAAUCACGGAAUGUGGUGUUAGCUGCUGACAACGUACUGAAGAUAUGUGAUUUUGGGGCAUCUAAGUUCCUGUCUCACACCACACACAUGUCGUUGGUGGGUACAUUCCCCUGGAUGGCCCCAGAGGUGAUCCAGAGCCUGCCUGUAUCUGAAACCUGCGACACAUACUCGUAUGGUGUGGUUUUAUGGGAAAUGCUGACCAGAGAGGUGCCCUUUAAAGGAUUUGAGGGCUUGCAGGUGGCCUGGCUGGUUGUGGAAAAAAAUGAGAGGCCGACCAUUCCAAGCAGUUGCCCUGCCAGCUUUGCAGAGUUAAUGAGAUCAUGCUGGGUGGCAGAGCCCAAGGAGAGGCCUGUGUUUAAACAGAUCCUGGCUACUCUGGAGUCAAUGUGUAAUGACAGUAAGCUUCCUGACCAGUGCAAUUCUUUCCUACACAACAAAGCAGAAUGGAGGUGUGAGAUUGAUGCAACUCUGGAGCGGCUGAAGAGGCUGGAGAGAGAACUGACCUGCAAGGAACAAGAGCUGGAGGAAAGAGAGAGGAGACUGAGAGAGUGGGAGAACAGACUCAUGGAGAGAUCCAGAUCAUGCACUCCUUUCUUCUCCCAUAUCUCCCCUCUGGCUGCCACCCUGAGCGCCGAGUCUUUCUAUGAGUCUCACUCUGAGGAGACCAACAGCUCUGAGGUGAGCUGUCACAUCUCCUCCUCCUGUAGUAACGGUGAUCUGGGCGGGGCCAGCCUGCAGGCGAUCAUGCGUGGCUUUGGAGGCGUGUUUGACUUGGAUGUGGGCAUGCCUGGGAGCAGCCCAAUGCGACAGUCAGGCAUGCAGGUGAAUAUGCAGGCGAAGCAGAACUCCUCCAAGUCCUGCAGUGUGCGCGAGGGCCGCAAAGUCAAUAUGGCCAUCACUAUGGACCCCUUUGGCUGGUCCGACGACGACAGCGACUAAGAAGCUCUUUUGAAGGAUGUGAGGGUCACUAGGCAUGAGAGGGAACAAGCCAUUAGGUCAGAGAUAGGCCAAAGGUCAAAUAUCUAUUUAAAGUGUUUAAAGUGAACCAAUACAUAAGAUGACCUUAAGUCCACUGACUGGAAUAAAAAUUAAUAGGAAGCCCAGAAAAUCCCAUCAAAUAUACUUAAAUAUCUGUCCUAUGUCUUAUGACCUAGUCUAAAAGCUUAUGUUUUCCAUUAGAUCCUAAACAGAUAUGAACACCGCACUGCUCUGUAAGCAGUAGGACUGCUAUUCUGUCUGUUAGUCAGUACCGAGUUAGCUUUUUACCAAGCCAAGCUAAGCAUAGCCUAAAGGAACAAUGUCAGAGUUUUAUAAUCAGAGGUUUAACUCAAGCUGUAAGUUGUGUAACUCCCCAUAUAUGGCAUAGUUUAGUCUUUCCGAAUGAACUGUGCAGUCCCAGUCAUUUCAAAAACACAUUGCAAUAGCAAUUCUUGCUGAAUUGAGUGAAUGCAGUGUCACUGGCUGUUCCAGCAUCUGUGAAGUGGUGAAGUAUUUGAUCUGAGGCCUGAUGGUUAUGAUUUGUGAAGGUGUGUUUUUGUAAAGCCCUUGUUUUUUAAUAAAGGAAUCACUACAGAGUUUGUCUGAA